AUGGAAUUCAACAACCCGGUGGGCUUUCGCUCCCGCCGCUCGUACCCCAACCUCCACCACAUCUCCCUCGCUCCACUCACUCCGCGCUUUCCAAUCGAUGAUCUGGAACCAACAGACUACUUCUCUCCACGAGACGAAGUAGAGAGCCCUCGAACCUCAUAUCUCUCCAGCGUCUCAGUCCCCAGCACUCCACCCAUCCUCUCCCACUCACGCAGCAACUCUCGCACCCGCCACACUCGCAGCAAGAGCUCCACCCGCUCCGGCAUACUAAGUGAUUCAAACCUGCACAGCAAAGAUGUAGCACUCCCACUCCACCACCAAAUAAAGAAACGCAACGGCACAUCACACCACCAACGCCCAUACAGCGAAAGCCAAGCUUCCAAAUCAGAUGCAGAAUGGAUGCUCCGCGCAGGAAUCGCACUCGCCUCAUCAACCCGCGAGGAAAAGGGCCAAAGCUGGCUUUCCAAGCGCGAGAGCUCAACAAGUCUCGUUUCAAUGCCAUACGAGACCGAAUCGCCCCGUCACCAUAACCGGACUAAAUCCAGCUCAUCUCGUAAGUCGAGGUCCGGUGCUUCUACGCCUGCUUUGUCGCGCCGGAAUUCUCGCUCCCGUGGCGGGAGUAGACGGGGUAGUCGGGCUGGACUGGCUAUGACAUCUAUGCCGCUUUUGUCGGGUCGGGUUUCUAGUUCCGGGACGGGGACGGUUAGCCCCGAGGUGCGUGUACAAGGUCGGUUGGAGCCCGAUUUCGUGGAUGAGGAGAUUCGCGCGGAGAUAGCGGCGUUGCAGCGGGAGAGGGGGAUAUCAGAUGAGGAGUCGGAGUACUGGGAUGAAGAGAGUGGAUCGGAGGAUGAAGAUGACUUAUCGGAUCGGACACUGGAUGAAUUCGACGAGGCUGAUUUGCAGCGGCUUACGCGUGAGCGUGGGUUUGGGCUGGGGACUUGGAUUGAUCGGUUGGUUGAGUGGACGCUGUUUGGAGUUGAUGAGUUACCUGUUUCUGUUGUUCCGACUACGACAAGGAUCGGGGCUGCAGCGACUACAACUACAGUUACGUUUGAAGAGCCGGAUUACUCGCGCGACAGUGAUGAGCUGCAUCAUGAUAAUUUGUCACUGCUUUCGGCGGGGGAUGAGGCGGAUGGUCUUUCGCUUACGGAUGGGGAGUCGGUUGCCGAAGUUGAGAAGCCUGGUGCGCAGGGUGGAUGGGAGGAUGCGUCCUGGUUAUUCCGGGUUGUUAAACGGGCAUUAAUAUAA